CCAUAUGGUUCUUUGAAAACUAAAGCGCCGACUAUAUGUAUAUAUAUAUAUAUAUAACCACCAUGUGUCUCUCUAGUGAGAGAGAUUCUGUCUUACAAACUUAAUGGACCUCCUCUAGAGAGAGAGAGAUUGCUCCCACAAAUAAAAACAUCCAAACAUGCCUACAACAACAUCACCGGACUCCGGUGACCACCGGUCACCUCUUCUCUCUCCGCCGACCAAGCCCGCCGGAGAGUCCGACCGGACUCAGAAGGUUUGCAUCGACGACAUGCUCCAAAACUACUGCGGCGAGUUCGGGCGGUGGCAGCUGCGGCACUUUGUGCUCACAAGCCUGGCGUGGGCCCUGGAGGCCUUCCACACCAUGGUCAUGAUCUUCGCCGACCGCGAACCCGACUGGCGGUGCGUCGGGGGAACCGAGUGCGACCGGGCGGUCAAGACGGUCUGCGGGCUCGAACCGGGUUCGUGGGAGUGGACCGGCGGACCGGGGAGCUCGACCGUGGCCCAGUGGGGAUUGGUUUGUGGUGAGAAGUAUAAGGUUGGGUUGGUCCAAGCUUUGUUCUUCGGCGGCUGCAUGAUUGGCGCAGGAACAUUUGGACACCUCUCAGACUCCUUCCUAGGGAGAAAAGGCUCCCUAACCGUAGUAUGCAUUCUCAACACCAUCUUUGGUUGCCUAACGGCUCUCUCCCCAAACUACUGGAUCUACGUCCUCCUCCGCCUCCUCACCGGCUUCAGCACUGGCGGGGUCGGCCUCUGCGCCUUCGUCCUUGCCACCGAGCCCGUGGGCCCCACAAAGCGCGGCAUGUCCGGGAUGUCCACCUUCUACUUCUUCUCAACCGGGAUAGCCCUUCUCUCCCUCAUUGCCUACCUCUUCCCCUCGUGGCGCGCCCUCUACAUCGCCACAUCGCUCCCUUCCCUCCUCUUCCUCCUCCUCGUCAUCCCUUUUAUCUCCGAAUCGCCCCGGUGGUACCUCGUCCGGGGGCGACCCGAGGAGGCCAUGAAAAUCAUGCGAUCAAUCACAGAAUCAAACGGUAAUUACGGCUUGCCGUACGGAGUAAUCGUAGCCCUUGAUGAGGACGCAAAAUGUACUAGUACUACUACUACUACAACAACUUCUACCACUAAUGAUUUAAAUGGUCAACAUGACAAAAAGACGAAAGACACUGCCGUAAGUGGCUCUUUAGUCGACGUGAUCCGAUCCCCGGUAACCCAAAUUCGCCUUUUCCUAGCCGUCGCCAUAAACUUCUUGUGCUCCGUGGUUUACUACGGCCUAAGCCUAAAUGUGGUAAACUUAGAAACCAACCUUUACAUUAAUGUCCUCCUCAACGCCGUCGCGGAGAUGCCAGCCUUUACGAUCACCGCGAUCCUAUUAGACAAGUACGGAAGGAAGCCCUUGGCCAUUGGGACGUUGUGGUUCAGUGGCUUCUUCUGUUUGGUGGGAAGUCUUGUGGGGAAUGAUGGGGCUUGGAAAGUGGUGAGAAUGGUGUGUGGGGUUUUGGGGAUAUUUGGCAUGGCGGGCACUUACAACUUGCUCUUCAUCUACACGGCGGAGCUGUUUCCGACGGUGGUGAGGAACGCAGCGUUGGGCUGCGCCACGCAGGCCGCGCAGAUGGGCGCGAUUUUGGCGCCGUUUGUUGUCGUUCUGGGGGGCGCGUUGCCGUUUGCGGUGUUUGCUUUGUGUGGGAUACUGGCUGGGAUUCAUGCGUUUUAUCUCCCUGAGACGCUGAAUAGGCCUUUGUAUGAUACCAUGGGUGGGAUGGAGGAUGGAGAGAAAGAUCACGCACAUGAAUCUGUUUGAAGGUGUUAUUAUUUAUUCUACAUAGAUUUAUGUUAACUUCUCUUUUUGAAAUAACAUGCUUUCUCACUAUAAAAAAAGUAAAUGUGCUGCUUUCAGCACUUGGGA